AUGGAGAAAAUCAUCUACGACUUCUACUCUGAUCUCUUCGACAGCCAUGUCCACUUGCCUCCUCACCAUCUGAGGGAAGGCGAACAAGUCAUUCCAGAGGUUCUCCCGUCCGAAAUACGACAUGCUAUCAUGUCGGUAAGAAAUCGUACGGCACCCGGUCCCGACAGAAUAACACCAGAACACCUGAAGAACCUUCCGCCAGUACUCAUCAACACCCUGGCGAGGCUCUUUACACGUUAUCUGUCGGAAUGCAAGGUUCCUAAACAGUGGAAAACCAGCAAGAUCGUGUUGUUGUAUAAAAAUGGAGAUCCACAUGACAUCGGCAACUAUCGUCCAAUCUGCCUACUGUCCGUCAUCUACAAGCUCUUUACAAGAGUGAUCCUUAAUAGGAUUGAAAAAGUCUUGGAUGAAAGACAGCCAUGCGAGCAAGUAGGGUUUCGAAAAGGAUUCAGCACGACUGACCACAUUCACACUGUUUCGAAACUCAUCGAGGUACUAACUUCAAGAGGUAUGUCUGCUUAA